CUCUGCGAGGCACUUUACAUCGCACUGACAGAGGGGCGACCAUUCCCUGAAGCUCCCAUCCAGGCGAGGGCCGCUGCAGCAUCCGUAAAGAGGGAAUACCGUUUUUUAAAGCUUGAUUUUGAAGGUGGAACCGAACGAAAAAUGUCUUAUCAAGGAAAAAAGAACAUCCCAAAGAUCACAAGCGACAGGCUUCUGAUCAAAGGCGGGAGGAUCGUGAACGAUGACCAGUCCUUCCAUGCCGAUAUCUACAUGGAGGAUGGCCUCAUUAAGCAGAUCGGCGACAACCUGAUCGUGCCCGGUGGUGUGAAGACCAUCGAGGCCCAGGGAAAGAUGGUGAUCCCGGGUGGCAUUGACAUCCACACCCACUUCCAGAUGCCGUACCGUGGAACCACAACCGUGGAUGACUUUGCUCAGGGAUCAAAGGCUGCUCUUGCCGGGGGCACGACCAUGAUCGUGGACCAUGUGAUCCCGGAGCCCGGGAGCAGCCUGAUGGAGGCCUUUGACCAGUGGAGGCAGUGGGCAGAUGAGAAGGCCUGCUGCGACUACUCCCUCCAUAUGGACAUCACCCACUGGAAUGACAGCGUAAAGCAGGAGUUGGAUAACCUCAUUAAGGACAAAGGCGUGAGCUCGUUCCAGGUCUACAUGGCUUACAAGGACUACUACCAGAUGAGCAACAGUGAGCUCUAUGAGGUCUUUACCUUCUUGGCAGAGAGGGGAGGCAUCGCUCAGGUCCACGCUGAGAAUGGCGAGAUCAUUGCUGAGGAGCAGGCCCGCAUGCUGCAGAUGGGUAUCACUGGACCAGAGGGACACGUGCUGAGCAGGCCAGAAGAGCUGGAGGCAGAGGCGGUGUUUCGUGCCAUCACCAUCGCCAGCCAAACCAACUGUCCUCUCUAUGUGACUCGGGUCAUGAGCAAGAGUGCUGCUGACAUCAUCUCACAGGCCCGGAAAAAAGGAAAUGUUGUGUUUGGGGAGCCAAUCACAGCCAGCCUGGGGACUGAUGGGACGCAUUACUGGAGCAAGAACUGGGCCAAGGCGGCGUCUUUUGUAACAUCACCCCCUCUUAGCCCUGAUCCCACCACUCCAGACUAUCUGAACACACUGCUGUCAAGUGGAGACCUGAGUGUGACUGGCAGUGCUCACUGUACCUUCAGCGUGGCCCAGAAGGCCAUUGGCAAGGAUGACUUCACUCAGAUCCCAGAGGGUGUGAACGGAGUGGAGGAGCGAAUGGCCCUCAUCUGGGAUAAAGCUGUGACUACAGGUAAGAUGGAUGAGAACAUGUUUGUUGCAGUGACCAGCACCAACGCAGCCAAGAUCCUGAACCUGUACCCUCGCAAGGGUCGGAUCGCCGUGGGCUCUGACGCUGACCUGGUCAUCUGGGACACGGACUCCAUCCGCACCAUCACUGCCAAGACACACAACUCGGCUGCUGAGUACAAUGUCUUUGAGGGCAUGGAGCUGCGUGGAGCCCCACUCGUGGUGAUUUGCCAGGGGAAGAUUGUUCUGGAGGACGGGAACCUGCAUGUCACCUCCGGUGUGGGCCGCUUCAUUCCCUGCUCUCCCUUCCCUGACUUUGCCUACAAGCGAGUUAAAGCCAGGAAGCAGCUGGCAGUCCUGAGGGCAGUGCCCAGGGGAAUGUACGACGGCCCGGUGUCUGAAUUCUCCAUGUCUCGUGGUGGUACCCCCUCUGCUUCGGCACGUACCUCUCCCACCAAACAGCCCGUCAGAAACCUGCACCAGUCUGGAUUUAGUCUAGCAGGUAACCCUGCACCAUGCGGUCCCCCCACCCCAGAUGACAUCCCUAUCAGGCCUGCUGGCCGGCGUAUUGUAGUGCCCCCUGGUGGUCGUUCCAACAUCACAUCCCUCAGUUAAACAGCACGGGAAGGAGGGGACGCAUCCAGAAAACGGCAGCGGCCAGAGUGCAGGAUUGCG